AUGUAUAAUCUCCCAUGCCUCAUCACUUGAAAAAAUCAAUAGAGAUAUGGUUCGUCUAAUUCUCAUAAUCUCUUCCCUCGUGGCCUUGGCCACCAUCCAAGCAAUCCAAGCCGUCGAAUAUGAAGUUACCAACAAUGCAAUCGGGACACCUGGUGGGACCCGUUUUGAAAAUGAGAUCGGUAUAGCUUAUAGCAAGCAGAUACUCGAAACAGGUUCCACCUUCAUCUGGCAAACCUUUCGGCAAGGGGAAGCAGACAGGAAGAAUGUCCAACGGGUGUCAACGUUCAUCAGGAGCAUGGACGGUGUAGCUUACACGAGCAACAAUGAAAUCCAUGUAAGUGCAAAUUACAUCGCAGGUUACUCAGGCGAUGUACGGAACGAGAUUACAGGCGUUCUGUAUCAUGAGCUAGUCCAUGUUUGGCAAUGGAAUGGGAACGGUCAGACACCUGGGGGUUUGAUAGAAGGGAUAGCUGAUUUCGUGAGGUUGAAAGCGGGUUUCGCACCUUCACAUUGGGUGAGACCUGGUCAAGGAGAUAGGUGGGAUCAAGGGUAUGAUGUGACUGCUCGUUUCUUGGAUUAUUGUAAUGAUCUUAAAGAUGGUUUUGUAGCUGAUCUUAAUAGCAGGAUGAGGACUAGUUACAGCCCAAAUAUCUUUGUGGAUUUGCUCGGGAAGACUGUCGAUCAGCUGUGGAAUGAUUAUAAGGCACGGUUUGGAGGUUGAGUGUAUUAAGUAAUAGAAGCAUAUAUGUUGUUACUUGGAUAAAUAAAGCAUAGUGCUAGAUGUUGUUACUUGGUUAAAUAAAACAUAGUGAGAUGAUGUAUUAAGAAGGGUC